GCAUAUUUAAAACCCCUUGAACAAAAAAUCAAAAGUAAAUCUUAUUUAUAAAUAAAAUCUAAAUAUAAUUUUUUCUUUGAAGAUGUAUCAUCUAUAUUGAAGAAUAAAGAAGAAACUGUUUUAAAUGCUUGGCAUUAUCGAAAAAAAAUUAUUGAUGAAUAUUUACAAUAUAUCUCAUUUAAACGUAAUACAGAUAAAGUUUUUGUUUGGAUUGAUGAACAUGAUGAAUGUUUUGUAUCAAAACUUGAAGAAUUGGAUAUUAAUGAUGAAGGUUAUAUGGAUUUUGUUCGAGCACUUAAGGAAAAGAAAACAAUGGUACGAAAAUUAGUUGAACGAGCUGAUGUAUUAGUGGAACGUUCACAUUCAUUUGCACCACUUAUUAAAGAUACAUGUAAUCGACUUGAUUCUGGUUUUAAUGAUUUUUUUCAAAAAAUUAUGAGAAUUAAUAAUAAAGAGGAAAUUGAUAAAGAAGCUGGAAGAAAAAGUGAUUCAAGUUUAGAAGAAAAAUUAGAACAACAAGAAUUAAAUGAAGGAAAACGAAAAGCAGCUAAACAACGAGAAUUAAUAUUUAAUGAAUUACUCAAUACAGAACGUGCAUAUGUUGAUAGUUUAAGUAAAUGUAUUCAACAUUAUCUUGGUGAAAUGAAACAAUAUCCAGAAGAAGUACCUGAAUUUUUACGAAAUAAAGAAUCAAUAUUAUUUUUAAAUAUUGAAGAAAUUCAUAAUUUUCAUAAAAAUUUAUUUCUCAAAGAUUUAGAACGUUAUGAAGAUAGUCCUGAAGAUGUUGGACAUUGUUUUGUAACAUGGGCGAAACAAUUUCAUAUUUAUUAUGUUGAAUAUUGUAAAAAUAAUGAAACAUGUAUUAAAUUAUUAACACAAUAUCGUGGUCCUUAUUUUGAGACAAUCCAACAUAAAUAUCAAAUUGAUACAAUAAAUUCUUAUUUAAUUAAACCAGUUCAACGUAUAACUAAAUAUGAAUUAUUACUUCAACGUUUAAUGUCAUGUUGUGAAGAAUCAAAAGGCGAAGUGAAAGAAGGUUAUGAUCUUAUGUGUAGUGUACCAAAAAAAGCCAAUGAUGCAAUGCAUCUUAGUUAUCUUGAAGAACUAGAAGUUUGUAUUUAUAUAUUACCAAAAAUAGUUUAUUAA